AUGGCCAUCCGGUCCUUUCUCACCCUCUCUCUAGCCCUGCUCGCACAGGCACGGCCAAGACACGUAUUCGACCCGGAAGACGUGGGCAGCAAAAUCACCCUGCCGGUCAUCUCAGCGCCUCGAGCAGUGGAAGCAGUAGCAGGACAAAGUGCCAGUGACGACGAAGACAAGCCAUUUCACAUUUUGCCGUUUCCGUAUACAGGCAAUGGCAAGCGGGCGAUUCUGGAGGAUGAUGACGGAGCAGCCGGCGCGGUGACGCUCCCCGUGCCUCGACCGGCGUCCAGGAGAAGUGCCGAGGAUGAAGAAGAUGAAGAAGACAAGCCUUUCCACAUCCUCCCCUUCAACGAGAAGCGGAAGCUCCCCGUUGAAGAGGGCCCUAUAGGAACCAUUACGCUGCCAAUCAUUCACGCCGCACGCCCUGUAUUAGACAAGCGAGUCGUUGAAGUGCAAGUCGAGAACCGCUCCGACGUCUCAUACUAUGCUCAGCUCAACAUCGGAACUCCCCCCCAGACCGUCUACGCCCAAAUCGACACCGGCUCCUUCGAGCUCUGGGUCAACCCCGACUGCACCAACGUCGCCUCCUCAGACCGCCGCUUCUGCCAGGCCAUCGGCUUCUACAACCCGCGCACCUCGUCCUCCUCCGCCACCACCGACGAGUUCGCCAUGCUCCGCUACGGCAUCGGCUCCGCCAACGUCUCCUACUUCAAGGACACCAUCGCGCUGCCCGGCGCCCCGGCCAUGAAGCAGGUCCAGUUUGGCGUCGCGUCCGCCAGCGUCGACGAGUUCUCCGGCAUCCUCGGCAUCGGCGCCGGCGAGGGCGUCAACACCGACUACCCCAACUUCGUUGACCAACUCGCCGCCCAGGGGGUCACCAAGACCAAGGCCUUUAGUCUCGCGCUGGGCAGCAAGGCCGAGGAAGAGGGCGUCAUCAUCUUUGGCGGCGUCGACACGGCCAAGUUCCAGGGCAAGCUCGCAACACUGCCCAUCGUGCCCGCCAAGGAGUCGCCCGACGGCGUGGCGCGCUACUGGGUCAAGAUGAACUCGAUUGGGAUGUCGCCGGCGCAGGGCAAAUCGACAACGUUCAGCCAGACGGACAUGACGGUGUUCUUGGAUAGUGGCUCGACGCUGACGCUGCUGCCGGAGCAGGUGGUGGAGGAGAUUGCAAAGGGGCUUGGGACGAGCGGCAUGGACACGAGUGGAUUUUAUAGCAUCGACUGCGACUUGGCGAACCAGAAGGGGACAAUCGACUUUGCCUUUGACGGCGUGACCAUCUCCGUGCCGUAUAGCGAGGUGAUUCGACAGGUCAGCGCCUCGCCGCCGCAGUGCUCCCUGGGCAUGAUGGGCAGCACCGAGUUUGCGCUCCUGGGCGAUACCUUUUUGCGAUCUGCCUAUGCCGUCUUCGACCUCACCGGCAACAGCAUCCACCUCGCCCAAUACGCCAACUGCGGCACCAAAGUCCUCACCAUUGCAUCAAACUCCGGGCUCCAAGGCCUCGCCAGCAGCUGCGGCGGAGGCAGCGAGUCUCCUGCAAACCCUCCCGCCAGCCCUGCUUCCUCAUCAGCUGCCCCAGCGGCACCCUCAAAGUCCGCUGCUGCGUCCAAGCUCGAUGUCCCUGCUUCAAGCAGCGUCCAGCCAGUACACAGCCCAACACCAGCAGUAUCCAAGCCCGCUGUUCAGGCACCUCCCGCUACAACUACGGCUGCAAGCACGCCGAAGAGUACUCCUUCAAGCGUGUCUGAUGCUGCUGGUAAGAGCAGUGCCGGUAGGGUUGAUGUCCAGGCUGUGGGUUGGAGCAUGGUGUUUGCAGCAAUGGGACUGCUAUUGAUUUAG